AUGUCGCUCAUAGUUCUAGGACUGGCGAUUGGCAUCAUAUGCCUUUAUAUGAUCAAAUCUUUUUUAAGUAAAAAGAAGACCUCUGCACCGCUCCCUCCCGGUCCCCGACCAAAGCCAAUUAUUGGCAAUUUAAGGGAUUUUCCAUCGCCCGGCACACCAGCCUGGCUACAUUGGUUAAAACAUAAAGAUCUCUACGGCCCAAUCAGCUCCGUUACUACCUUCGGCCAAACAAUCAUAAUCCUGAAUGAUGCGCGUCUUGCACAUGAGCUAUUAGAGAAACGAUCUGCCAUCCACUCAUCUCGACCGGCAUGCACGUUUUCUCAUAUGGCUGGUUGGGGGGGUAUCUUGGCCGUUCUCGAAUACUCCGACCGAUUCCGUGCCGCACGCAAAGUUGCGCAUCAGCAGAUAGGUUCAAAUAAUGCGAUCUCUCGUUUCAAUCACACUCAGGAGGUAGAGGUUAGUCGAUUCCUUUUGCGAAUACUCCAGGAUCCUGGACACUGGAUCGAACAUCUUCGGAAGGAAGCCGGUGCCAUCAUUUUGAAGAUUACGUACGGGUACACCGUCGAGCCGCAUGGGCGCGAUCCCCUGGUUGAUCUCGCAGACAGGGCUAUCGUGGAAUUUGCUCAGUCAAUACUUCCCGGGGCUUGGCUUGUCGACUCUAUUCCUCUUCUGAGACACAUUCCUUCCUGGCUACCGGGUGGAGGCUGCACACGGGCUGCAAAAGAGUUUCAGAAGAUUUCCAAAGUCUUCAGUGACAUCCCAUACACGUUCACGAAGCAGCAGAUGGCACGGGGCUAUAAUGCGCCGUCCAUCAUAUCGUCCUACCUACAGGGGGGCGACGUCAAGCCUGGCUCAGAAGAGGAGUACGUUGUCAAGUGGACUACUGCUUCACUUUACGGCGGCGGGGCAGAUACCACAGUUUCCACGAUGACAUGUGUCUUCCUCGCGAUGGUUUUGUAUCCGCAUGUGCAGCGGAAGGCACAAGAGGAAAUUGACAGGGUCGUUGGGACAUCGCGUCUGCCUGGGUUUGAAGAUCGCGAGAACCUCCCUUACAUUGAAGCCAUUGUUAAAGAGGCCCUGCGUUGGCAUCCCAUUGUUCCAAUGGGAGCUGCACACAUGGCCAUCGAGGAUGAUGAAUGCGAGGGGUAUCAUAUCCCGAAGGGAGCAGCUAUAUUGGCAAAUAUAUGGGCAUGUGCACACGACCCCAAUGACUACCAUAGCCCAAUGGAAUUCAAGCCCGAGCGUUUUCUGAGUGAUGGCGGCCAUGUUCCCGAACGUGAUCCCUAUUUUCUCGCUUUUGGAUUUGGUCGACGGAUAUGCCCGGGCCGAAAUCUAGCAGAUUCCAAUCUUUAUCUCUCUAUCGUUCAACUACUGGCCGUCUAUAAUAUCACCAAGCCAAUUUGCGACGGUAAGGAAAUGGACAUCCAGCCCGUCUUCUACCCUGGGGUUAUCAGCCAUCCGGAGCCUUUCGACGUCGAUAUCAAGCCUCGCAGUGCAGGCCAUGAGGAGCUAAUUCGAUCCAUUGAGAAGAAACAUCCGUGGGAGAAGAGCCAUGCGGAGGAACUUCGGAAAGCAGCGAGUGUUUACUAG